CUCCUCACGCCCUCAGAUCGCCGGCGGCGGCUGCGUCGGAGACGAGGGCGUGGUUUGCAGCCAGAUACCCCUGAGGGUCAGAAUUGUUAUUUCUCGCCUGUGAACUGAAAGAGAACAAGAGACUACUUGCUGCUUACUGAGAAGAUAUCACAUUGACAACGACGAUCUAGCUAGAGCUGUUUUGGGCGAGCGAAGGGAACAGGCUUUACCUCCUGCAAGGAUGCCUCCUUGUGCUAAGGGAGAAGCGGCGACACAGGGGAUAAAGACGAAGCCUAUCAUCACUCUCGAGCAGCUGAAAGCCCACGACAAGAAGGGGGAUGUCUGGGUCGCGAUAGAAGGGAAGGUGUAUGACGUGUCAAAGUGGGCUGCUCACCAUCCGGGGGGGGAACACCUCUUGGAGAAUAUGGCGGGACAAGAUGCAACGGCUGUCUUCCUAGCGUUUCACACCGAGCAUGGAAGCGGCGGUCAGGCAAGAAAGAUCUUACAGUUUUUGCCACACGUCGCUGACGUGUAUCUGCCUCCCGAGACCAAGCUACAGAUUGCAUUCAGAAAGCUGCGGGAUCAAGUGGACAGUGAUGGGUUGUACAAAACAAGUGUUUCAUUCUAUGUAUGUUUGGGCAUCUGGAUAGCAUUCCUAUUCUCGGCGAUGUUGUACCUUACGCUGACUGCGCACAACAUCGCACAAGCGAUUUUUGCUGGGGCUGUCUUUGCUCUGUUCUUGCAACAGUGUGCUUUUGUUGGACAUGACACCUCGCACAACGGCAUUACCCAUCGACGAUUCACUGACAGUGUGAUCGGCUGGAUCAUUGGGCCAUCGGUGACAGGCAUCUCGACGGCCUGGUGGAAGCGAAGUCACAAUGCGCAUCAUGUAGUGACAAAUUCCACCACCCACGAUCCUGACAUCCAGCACAUGCCGGCUUUUGCCAUCACCGAAGAUCUUUUCAAGAAAGGAGGAACAUGGUCAUAUUAUCACAAGCGUCUGUUUCACUUUGACUCCUUGGCGAAGUUUCUCAUCUCAUAUCAGCAUUUCUUCUAUUACCCGAUCAUGUCGUUUGCACGGCUAAAUCUUUACCUCCAAAGUUGGUUGUUGGUGCUGAAUUUCGACGUCAAGAUGGAGUACCGUACGGUCGAGAUCGCAUGCCUGAUGAUCUACUGGACCUGGCUCUCCCUCCUCAUCUCCUGCAUGCCCUCCGUGCAGCUGCGCCUGGCCUUCUUCUUCACGUCGCACAUGCUUGCCGGCAUCCUCCACGUGCAGAUCACGAUCUCUCACUUCUCCAUGCCGACCUACACAGGUGCAUCCUUCCCUGCACAUCCAGGGGAAGAGUUUCUGCGGCAGCAGCUGUAUACCUCGAUGGACUUGGAGUCUUACUGGUGGAACAACUGGUUCUAUGGCGGACUGCAAUGGCAGGUUGCUCAUCACUUGUUUCCUCGACUGCCUCGUCAUAACCUUCCGGAGGUGAAAAAGAGGCUUCAAGUGCUGUGCCAAGAGCACGGGCUCGAGUACAAGAGCGUGGGGUGGUGGAAGGGAAAUGCAGAGAUUCUAUAUUCUCUCCGCAAGGCAGCCAUGAAGGCUCGCUCAACCAAGGUCAUCAGCUUCCAGGAGAGUUUGCUCUGGGCUGGGAUGAACGCGGAGGGCUGAAAGCUCGAGAGUUUGUAAAUAGACCCAAAAUGUUCGUGGAGCCUCUGUGUGCUCCAGAAACCUCCAGGAGAAGCCCAGCUGAUGGGCCGGGCCUGUGGCAGGUGGACAGCCUAGAGCGCGGCAGAGGAUCUAGAGUAUUGACAACUAUGUACUUAAGGUUCGUUUCAUUUCAAGCAAUCGAACCUGUC